GCCGCAGAAUAGGUAGCUUUCCUACCAAGUACUAUCGCGACACGACCGGUAUAAGUCCUUAAGGCAUUACUCGAAGCGACACUUUCACUAUGGGCUCUGUAACACAGGCUUCGGUGUUCGAGAAAGCAGAGCUUAUUCCACCGGAUGCUAUCUUCGAUGUGGGUAGAAGAUACGUGGAAAAUACAAACCCAAACAAGGUCAACCUUGGCCAGGGAACCUAUCGCGAUGAGAAUGGAAAUCCAUGGGUUUUACCAUCUGUUCGAAUGGCAGAAGCUAAGGUUGGAGAUUGCGGCCAUGAAUAUCUGCCUAUAGCUGGAUUGAAAUCAUUCCGGGAUGGGGCUGUAAGGCUAGCUUUCCACGGAACUGAAGCAUUCAAUGACAACCGGGUUGCAUCAUGUCAAGCGCUGUCGGGCACGGGUUCGUUGCUACUUGCCGGACUCGCCUUAAAGAAAGCGAAUACCGGUAUCACCACGGUAUACAUCACCGAACCGACGUGGUCCAACCAUGCGCUACUAUUCGGUUCCCAAGGAUUCGAAGUCAAGAAGAUCCCCUACUACAAAAAGGGAGCUUUCGACUUUGAGAGCUUUAUGAAUGGCCUCAAGGAUGCCAACUCGUCUUCGGCGGUAGUUCUACAUGCUUGUGCCCACAAUCCAACAGGUUGCGAUCCAACUCGCGAACAGUGGAAAGAAAUUGCAAGCCUAGUUCAAAAGAACGGAAUAUUCCCUAUUUUCGACUCUGCUUAUCUGGGUUUCAACUCUGGAUCGGUGGAAGAGGAUGCAUGGGCGCUUCGGUAUUUCGUGGAGGAUUUGAAAUUGGAAGCAUCUGUCUGCUUGUCAUUUGCUAAGAGCAUGGGUCUCUAUGGUGAGCGAAUUGGUCUCGUAUCUUUCGUAACAUCUUCGAAGGAAACGGCUCGUACUAUGUCGUCGAUACUCGAGAAUGUACAACGGGCUACGAUAUCGAAUCCCCCAGCCUAUGGAGCUAGGAUUGCUGCGAAAGUGUUAGGCACGCCCGAAAUCGCGGAGCAAUGGUCUAAGGAUCUUAUUACUAUGUCGGGACGUAUUAAGUCGAUGCGACAGAGAUUAUACGAUGAAUUGAUCAAUCUACAGACGCCAGGGGAGUGGUCGCAUCUGGUCAAACAGACGGGAAUGUUCGGAUACACUGGAAUAAGUUCAUCGCAGGUCGCGUACUUAGAAGAAGAGCACCAUGUCUACAUGGCCGAUACGUCUAGGAUUUCCAUAGCGGGCUUGAAUGAGGGCAACGUUGUGUAUUUCGCUAAGGCCUUGGAUGACGCAGUAAGGACGAAGUAAGGACGAAGUAGGAGAUGGCUAGUAUUCUUAUAAAGGGAGAUUAAGGCCCGUUAAUCCAUUAAUCUGAUAGAAUCAUGCUAAGAUGACAUAAUCCUAUCAUGAAAUAAAUUAUUAUGGACCAA